GUUCUUUGUGCAAUUUGCUUCUAUCUUUGCUCUGACCUUUGAUGCUGCUUGAAGUCAUAAAAGACUCCAGAAGGUCAGACAGAUGCUCUUGUCUGAGUCUCUGUAUAAUUUAGGGCUUUAGCCUGCUUUGAUGGAUAUUCCUGCGCUGCUGCUUUGUACACCCAAACAGGUAAAGCGAGUCAUGAGCCUUUUCACAUUUUCCUGAAGUAGCGGUGCAUUGUGCGGGUAAUCACGCAUAUCCAGCUUUAUUAUCUCUACAACUUUGAUCACAUAGGGUGGAUUGUCUGCUUAGAUUGUCAGGACAUGAAUGGUGCAAGUUGGAUGAUGAAAUUUAGCUGGAGGUUAUAUUUUUUUUGUUGAACAGAUGCUAUUAAAAUUCAGUUUAAAGCAUCAGCUGCGCUUCUUAAACUAAAGUCAGUCCAUCACCUCCCUCUUCACUUGACCUUAUCGUCUCCCCAAACACCCCGUCCUGAUCCCAGGACAGAUAUCACUUCAGAAAAUGAAGCACUUUUGCAUUCUGUCAAUGACGAAUGGGGGGCGGAAGCUUGAAAAAUAACCGCCAAAAACAUUCUUAUCACAACACCACGGGGAACAGUCAGAUGGACUGCAGAGCGCAAGGUCUUUAUCUCCCAGGCAGACCCCUCAGUGGACCACAUCACGCUUCUUAUCAGCUGCAUGAAUGUCGCCUGAGAGUGGCGAGAAUUAACCGUCCUCGCAGCUUAAACUUUGUGUCCUUUUUCUUGUUAUGCGUGUCAGAGACGUCCUUGAAUACAUGAGGCUCUGGAAGUGGCAGGACUUUGUGAGAAGCUUCGCAUCUGGCUUGUAACCUCGACCGUAGUGGCUCAAAGCAGGUCUACCCAGGCUGUGCGCAGCCCUAGUGAACUAUCAUGCUGGCCUGUAUCCAGAGACGACAGAACCUCUCGUCGCAGCGUUUGGCCUGCACACCCAAAAGCCUCGAUGUUCCACCACCGCCAUUACUCCUGCCGGUACCACCACUGCAGCCAUGCAUCCGCAAAGGCGAGCCGGCCUCCAUGAUUUCUCGCUACCCGUCUCCUGCAGAGUUGGACGCUUUUGCCCAGAAAACCGCCAACAGCCCGCUGUCCAUCAAAAUCUUUCCGUCAGAUGUUCGGGUGCCGCAACACAAACAGCUCAACAAAACUGUCAACGGCUUGGAUACGACGGGCCAACGCUACAGCCCCUAUUCACACCCAUACUCAGGAGGCUACCAGGGCUUGCUGGCCAUCGUCAAAGCCUCCGUGGUGGUGAAAGGUGUGGUGAAAACCUCGGAGGGCAGGAGGACUAAACAUGCAAACAGCCAGACUUCUGUGGCACCGUAUAAUAAUCCUCUGAAUAAUGGCUACACAGUCAGACAUGGGCAUAAGGCCUAUCGUAUAAGCUCAUGUAAGCCCCCUGAUGUACCCAUUGAGACACUUUGUUCUAGCGCAGGGAUAGCCUCCGGAGAUCAGAGUCUGGCCCCCCAGUCCGAGCUGGCAGAGGUUCAAAGCCUGAUGAGGCAGAUGAGCAGAGUUCCCCACAGCCAGGCCCUGCAGCUGGGGGGAGAGGCCCGAUCCAGCCCCUCCCUGCAGGCUGUGGCUGCCGUGGCACAUUCAGACUCAGACUUUGUCCUGGGAGUGCCGCCCCAAAGCAGUCUGCCUUUCGCGGGGGCAGUGCUGCCGACGCAGAGCGCAGACAUAGCCAAAGCUGGAUACUUGGAGAAGAGCGACUACACGGUGUGGCAGCACAAAGCUCAAAUGCAGCAGCAGCCCUAUCAGCAGGGAGCAGUGAGGAUGUACAGCGUGAGGAACAGCGCUCAGGGGCACAGAGCAGCGGAGGCCGGGGUAGGCCAAUCUCCUGAAAGCUGCAUCCCUUUGGCGUGCUCCUCUCAGCUGCCGUACAGGCCGCAUCCCGGCGGCGUGGGGCAGGAGCGGCUCAGCGGCUGCUCUCUGAACUGCGGCGCCAUGCAGGGGGAGCUCUCCGUCGGUCAGUACUACGCCCCUCUCUGGGACGGCACUCCCAACGCUGACUGUUAUACCUCUCAGGUGCUGGCUACGGGUACAUGUGCAGCCAGGCCUAGAGACGUGGGGCUCCCCCAUCCCCACCUCCACCCAAACCACCGCCACCACCACAACCACCAUCCUCAGCAUCACCAGCCACAGCUCCACCCUCCUCCUCCUCUUCCUCCUCCUGCUCAUACCCAGGCCUACAGCACAGACCAAAACCUCUGUUGUGGGCUGCCUACUUCUAGCCUGUGCCAUGCUGCAGUACUUAGCAGCAGCCUGCAGUCUCUGGAGUGCCUCAUCAGUGAGAUCCACCCUCCCUGCAUCAAAGAGCGUAUGCUGGGCCGUGGGUACGAAGCCAUGGGGAUGCCUCAGCUGCUGGAGCACCAACAGCACAUCCAGCUCCCCGUCUACAGAUGAGACGAGGUGCUGCCAGGCGUGACGAAACCUUUUAUAGACGACGGAAGUGUCAGUUCAGACGUGUGAGGAAGAGACAUGCCUUUUUUUAGUUUGUGCAUGUACUGUAUUUGUAGAAGGCUUAGCGUUAUAAGCCCGAAAAGGUAAAUGAUAAUCAAGAUACAGGUUUAUCCUAUGGACUUUUUCAUCUUUUAUUUUUAUAUCCUAAAUGGCCAUUAAACAUUUAAUACCGACGCUGAGCACCUAAUCACGAUUACAUCCUAAAAUCCACUGUAAUUGCUCUGUAGGCCUUCACUACAACGAUGGAAACACACUGAACUGAAAUAAUCAUCAAUACCCCUCUGAAAAAAAACAACAACACGUACUUGAAUCUGGGAAGGAUCUCUGGUAACUGUUUUUGUGAAUAUACUGUAUAUUUUUACAUAAAAUUUGCUUCUUAUUGGUGAGGGAACAUUCUUCCACUGUUACCUGAGCUUUUAAUUGUUGACCGCUUUCUUGUGGAUUUUGUUUUUUUUUUUUCCACUUUUCACUGACUUUUCUGUUACCAAUCAGUGCAACAGCCUGGAAUAUUUUGGAUCAUUUGCAUACAAAUGGGAAUAUUUUUUGUUGUACGGUCACAGAUUAUGUAAUUUAACACAUUAAUUGAUUUAACGCUCAGCUCGCUGUGUGAGGACCGUUGCAUAUCCAAAUCAACACUGUGGCAUUCAGGCCAAGAAACACGUGCCCUUUGGUUGUAUUUUUAGCAUUUAUAAACUUUAAGAGGUUGGGUGAAGAUUUUUGUUCUUGAAUGAAAUAAGGGGGUUUUCCUCUGGAAGGUUGACACUGGUUCACAGCGCCGUAGGUAAACUGGAGUGCCAUGUUGAAAAGCAGGCCGUCUGAAUCAUUUACAGUGUCUUCUUCGUAGGGCUAUAUUAUCUCCGAUGGUUCGAGAUGCGUGACUGAGUAGCUCUUUGUGUGUCUGCACUGGUUCUGUAAUACUAUUUAUUUAUGUCGGCCUGUUGAGUUAUAUGGCAAACUGUCUAUAAUUAUAAAGUGCAAUUAUUAUAUAUGAACAUGUGAGCGCUCUCCAUGAGUUUUGUUGAUGAAAUAACUACAUUUUUGCAAUGUAUGAACCCCUAAUCCCUCACUCCCUCUUUUUUUUUGCCUCUUCUUAAUAAGGAUUGUCAAGUAAAUUAAAUUUUCUAAACCCAGCAAA